GAUGAGAUAAAUGCAGGAGAUGUCUGAGCAAGUGAGGCUAUGGCUACUUGCUUGUGUGUGAUUUGAAGGAGGAGGUGAGGUGCGGUGCAGCAGAGGAUGAUGGGAGCUCUGCAGGUGCGGAGCAAUGGCGACGAUGGUGAUGGGGUCUUCCCUUACCCGGGGUAUGUAGAGGUUGAUCCCACAGGGAGAUAUGGCCGGUACAGUGAGAUUCUUGGCAAGGGCUCCUCAAAGACAGUGUACAGGGGCUUCGACGAGCACCUUGGGAUGGAGGUGGCGUGGAACCAGGUGCAGCUGCACGACUUUUUGCGCAGCCCCGGCGAGCUGGAGCGCCUCUACAGCGAGAUCCACCUGCUCAAGUCCCUCCGCCACCGCGCCGUCAUGCGCCUCCACGCCUCCUGGGUCGACGCACCCCGCCGCUCCGUCAACUUCGUCACCGAGCUCUUCACCUCCGGCACACUCCGACAGUAUCGGCAGAAGCACCGGCGGGUGAGCGCGGCGGCGAUCAAGCACUGGUGCCGGCAAAUCCUGGACGGCCUCGCGUACCUGCAUAGCCACGGCAUCAUCCACAGGGACCUCAAGUGCGACAACAUCUUCGUCAACGGCAGCCAGGGCCAGGUCAAGAUCGGCGACCUCGGCCUCGCCGCCGUCCGCCGCCGCACCUCGCCGCACGCCGCCCACUGCGUAGGCACGCCGGAGUUCAUGGCGCCGGAGGUGUACGCGGAGGCGUACGACGAGCUCGCCGACGUCUACUCCUUCGGCAUGUGCGUCCUCGAGAUGGUCACCCUGGAGUACCCCUACAGCGAGUGCGCCCACCCCGUGCAGAUCUACAAGAAAGUCACCUCCGGGAUAAAGCCGGCGGCUUUGCACAAGGUGAGGGACCCCGCGGUGAGGCGGUUCAUUGACAAGUGCUUGGCGCCGGCAGCACGGCGGCCGUCGGCGAUCGAGUUGCUCAACGACCCUUUCCUGCAGCCGGAAGACGACGGCUUUUGUGUUGGAGAUGGGGAUUAUAGUGCGAUGUUCAAUUACCUGCACCAGCCUGCUUGCCUGGACCACCACCAUGCCGGCAGCAAUGGCUCCACGGCGAGCAACCGGCUGUCGAAUGGCGUCGUCGACGACGACGGCGCCAGAUGGGACUCUGACGACGAUGAUGAUGGGAGCAUGUUCCAUGGCAUCCACCAGUUGUUCAAUGAGCAUGAAGAUGAGCACAUUGCUGGUGUGGAUAUCACAAUCAAGGGGAAGAGAAGGGAGGAUGGAAGCAUCUUCCUCCGACUGAGCAUCGCCGACAAAGACGGCACAGGUCUGGUUCGGAAAAUCUAUUUUCCCUUCGACGCCGAGGCCGACACCGCGCUGAGCGUGGCCACAGAGAUGGUUGCGGAGCUGGACAUCACUGACCACGAGGUGACGCACAUCGCCGAGAUGAUCGACGGCGAGGUCGGUGCGCUGCUGCCACAUUGGAGACCAGGUCCUGGCAUGGACGACGACGACGACGACGACGGCAACGCCGAUGCUCCGGACGCGUCAGGCGCUAGCUAUUGGCGGAACUGCCGGUCCAGCGCGUCCUCCAGCGGCUCGCUCGCCGACUACAUGUCGUCGGCGGCGCGCCGUGGCUGCCGGUGCGCGGAGCUGCACGGCCGGUUCGAGGUCACGUUCAAAGCUGACGAAGAGCAGGUACAUUUCCAGGUCUCAGGGUGCAGCCCCGACGAUGCAGGCAGGCAGGCUGAGCAGCGUGCCAAAGACAAGGAGCUCAUGGACAUGAAUGACUUGGCACGGAAUGACACUACUGAAUGCUCAGAACAGCCUUGAUUUGUUUCCUCACAGAGGCAAAUCCUAUUUACCUGAUCGCUAUGAUCAUAGCAAGAUCGAGCGAGUCAUCCUGCGUCGAUACGAAUCGCAAUUUUCGCGUGUCGACAUGGGAUCGGAGCACCGACCAGCUUGCAGAUAGGAAAAAUUGCGCAUGUCGGUACCGCUACCGUGAUCAGGGACAGGAAUUCAAAGGGCCGGCCUUGUGAUGAGGAUGGCUGACAGCAACCUUGAUGAGCCUUUUCACAACCUCGAUCAGCUGCAAGAACAAAAUCUGUACUGAUGAACAAUGCUAUUGAUGCUUGGCACACUUCCGGCCGCGUCAAUCUACAGUUUCUAGAUUGGUUUGAUUCUUCUGUUUCAAAGAUCAGGCAAAUUCGGUAGGCAAGAAACUGAAAUGUGAUCAGGGUUGAGUUGCAUGUAAGUAAUCUUUUGUAUUUUUAUUAAGUUACAAAUCUAAUAAUAGAUAUACUACUUUGGA